CCGAUAAGUACAAGCUUUUCCUAGCAGGAGAACAUUUCUAAGGGUAACAAAAAACGAAAAAAAAGAAGAGAUUUUGCAAAUCGAAAUGGACCAGAACAAGCUGAAGAAGAUGGAGGAUGCGGUGCGCAUCGGGGGCAAGGGAUCGGUGCGCCGCAAGCACAAGCACAUCCAGACCUCAGCGGCCAUGGAAGAGAAGCGCCUGCAGACCGCCCUCACCAAGCUGCCCCUCAACCAGAUGCCCGGCAUCCAGGAGAUCAGCCUGGAGCUGGAGGACACCAGCGAGAUCCAGGUCAUGAUGCCCAAGGUCCAGGGCUCCGUGAUGAGCAGCCUGUUCGUGAUUACCGGCGAUCUGGUGCGCAAUCCGCCGCUCAAUCCGCCGACCCAUCAGCCGCAGAGCUCCUAUUCGGACACCAUGGACUUGUCCAGGUCACCCGAUCCCAUCGUGGAGGAGCAGGCUCCCAAGAAGGCCAAAAAGCCGCGCAAUCGCCUUCGCUACCGCAACAAGCGCGCCCAGGAAAUGCUGGCCAUGGCCCAACAGGCCGGCGACAAUGCCUCCAAGGCUCGCCGCGAAGGACUCGCCAGCGUUGGCAACCAGGACCUCCAGGGAGGCGGCGACUCCCAGCCGAUGGACAAGUGCUCCGUCUGCAACCAGGAGCACUUCAUAGAAAGCCCCAACCAGGAGCACUCCAAAAAAGGCUCUAACAAGGAGCACUCCGAAGACAACUCCAAUCUGGACCUCUCCGAAGAUGGCUCCAACGUGAGCGUCGACUCGGACAAGACCCAAGUGCCAUCGGAUGUGGACAUCGACUCGGACAUGGACCAGACCCUCGUGGGCGACAACGAUUCGCUGGACGGCAGGGACAUUCCAACGGAGUCGGAUGAACUGGAGUCCAAUGGAGCCGAAAGUGACGGCCAAGACCAGGACGAAGUCGAGACCGAGGAUGAGAAGCUCGACUUCUUGACAUUCAGUGCCGACACAUUGUUCAUCUACGAGGACUAGUCCUUUCCUGUAAAAUUGUCGAGAAUCAUAAAAUAAUGAGCUUCUCAGAAAAUAAAAAGCAUUAAAACGC